GUUGUCAGAGUGCAUUCGUGGAAGAAGCAGUGUGCAAGUUCUUGUCAGCGAAGUUUUGUGACGUCUUGAAAUGGCGACUCCUAAACAAGUGUUGAAGAGCGUGGGGCCCAAGCUGGUGCCGUUCUUCAAGACUGUGGCCAUUUACUUCGUGCUGUUCAUCCCGGUGGAGCAGCCGUCCAUAUUCGCCAUGGUGAUCAAGUGUCUGCCGGUGCUCUCCCUCAUCGCGUUUGUGCUGCUGCAUGGGAUGAGCCUCGGGGAGGAGUACACGUAUUCCAGAAGAAUCCUCCUGGGCCUGAUUUUCUCCGUGGUAGGAGACGCCCUGCUCAUUUGGGAAGACUUCUUCGUCCAUGGUUUGGGCGCAUUCCUGGUGGCUCAAAUAUUUUAUAUUUCUGCUUUUGGCUUUAGGCCUUUCAACAUAUAUGUUGCUACAGUCUGCUAUUCUUUAAUGGCUUUAGGAGUGUACCUCCUGAUGCCUGGAACUUCUGGAGCCAUUAGCUUUGGCAUGCCAGUCUACACCUGCCUUCUGCUGACCAUGGUGUGGCGUGCAGUUGCCAGAGUUCAGCUUUUUGAGGAAUUAUGGACUUGGACAAAGCUGUGCUCCUGCGUCGGAGGCAUUCUGUUUGCUGUGUCAGAUUCAUUCAUUGGUUUUAAUUCCUUCUACUGCCAUGUACCACAUUCUCAGGCUAUUAUCAUGAUUACAUACUAUGCAGCACAGCUGGGAAUUUCACUCAGUGUUGUGGACAGCAAGGCAAGCUACCUCGACUCUUUACGCGAUGUAAAGCCUCAGACUGACAUGCAACGUUGCUGUUCACAGCCAGUGUCAGACAGCGAAGAUGAACUUAGACAAGAUUGUUCCCCUUGCCACAUCAGGGCUUCCUUUACAGAUGACAGUACCUUGAUUCAGCGAAAGAUUGUCUCCAUGAAUAGUUCUCAUUAGGUGUAAUGACUCUGGUUUAAAGACAAGAAGAAUAAAAAAGAAACAUUUUUAUGGUAUGUAAAGUAGUCAGCAUAGACCCUUUCAUCAAACAUGAUCUAUACUCAUCAGUGUGUGGCUAGGUCUUCUUAACACAUCUGAUGUCUUAUCCUUUGGGACCAGGUUAAGUAUUGCAAGAGCUCAGGUGUAAAUUUGAAUCUCUCAUAGUUUUGAUUUCAAGGGUUUGUGGAUUGGUCUAGAAAUCGGAGAGACUUUCAUCUCUCCAUCCACUUAAUUAUGCCAAAAUAUGUUUCGGUGAUAAUGUAUAGUCAGUAACUCUC